UACACUAGGAAAGUGUGUGAUGCGUUGAUUGUUGAUUAUCCUGUCUUUAAAAUGUAAAUAAUAAAUAUAAAACAAAAUGGGUCGUUCAAAAUUUCCCGGAAAACCAUCAAAACAUGUUAACCGGAAAAGAAUUAACGUUCUUCCACCCACCUCAGACGGAAUUAUUGAAUCUAGUGGGCCUAUGACAGUUGAAACUGUUGCAGAAAACAAACAGGUUGAAAAAGAUGUAGAAGAGACCCGCGAAAGUGUAAAUUUAAACAAUACCAUAAACACAAAAGUGUCAUUGAGAAGAAGACUGACUAGGAAGAUGCAGAGCUCGAAAGCACUCAUGAGCAAUAACUCGACGAAGCGCGGGCUCAUGUCCAAACUUUGUAACAAAAACAGUGUUAAAUUAUCCGUUAAAAACAAACUAAACUGCAAAGGUUCCCGCAAAUCCAACAUCACGCGAAAGUCCGUGCACGCUUACUCUCCGAUAAAAAUCAAGCAGUGUCGAGCGAAAGAAAGCAACAAUUUAGUUGGAAAGUUCGUCUUGCCGACCCGAAGCGUCCACUCUUCCCGGGUCAUCAAACCCAACAAGAGAUUCAUCAACGUCGACCUCAGUGACACCCUAACACUGAAAAAACGCGUCAUCAACAAAAGACACCUCAAACAACCUGAAGGCCCGUCGAAACAAAAGGACAUCGUGACGGAGUCCCCUUCGAAGCCCUUCUCUGGAGUAGUGCUGCGCCAAGCCCGCCUCAAACUCCACAACCAAACUCCAAAGGGCUCCGAAGGCCCCUUCUCCAGCACGUCGACGAACGGCUCUCCUCCAGGAACCGUCACGUGCGGUGUCUGCGGUGCCGUCCGUUUCUAUCGUUUCGUGAAGCAAGCGCGCAAGUUCAACAUAUACAGCUGCGAGUCCUGUAGGAAGUUCAUCUCGAAGAUGAUAAAACGCCAAUCUUGCGGGAAAAACGUCAACAACCCCACGUUGGUGUGUCACAAGGGACAAGGGAUGUGUCACGUGCCGCCGAUCGUCCGCAGCCAGCAGAUGAAACUCAUUCGGUGCGCUUAUCGGUCACGGUGUCCGGCGUGUUGGUUAAAGAUGUGCCUUCGUUCCUUUCAAAUGCCAUUAUCCUUAAAGAAUAGUCUAAUCCAAUUACUUCCUAAAAAUAUGCAAGGGUCUGACGUUAUGUUUAAUAACUCGUUACCGUUGUUAUGGCAAGUUAGUGUUCAGAAUAUCGAUAAUCAGAUCAGCAAACAGAGAACCGAAAGUGACGUGGCUCAGAGACCUGUGAGGUUUAAAAAUAAACCCGUCAGUGUGCCGCCCCCGAGUUCGGAGAUCAAGAGGCAGAAAGUCGACUUGAAAGGACCUCGGGUCAAGCACGUGUGUAGAAGUGCUUCUAUAGUUUUAGGACAGCCGUUGGCUACUUUUCCUUCAGAGACGCAGAAAAAGAAAGACGCGCAGGAACAAAGCUCGGGUAAAAAAGCACAAAGCAAAGGUGUAUCUAACACGUGUACAGAAAAUUUAGAUACACAGCUUACUAAACCUGCAAGAGAUGAAUGUAGUGAGCAUGAAUCCGAUAACGAUAAAUCUGCAAAGGUGCCAUCACUCACUAAUGAAAAUGUUGCGAAUAUCAAGAGGGAUAGGAGCCAUAGAGUGCCUUCAACUGUUUCAUCUGUAUCAUCACUUUCGUUUUCUUCCGCGUUUUCGUCUUCACUUUCAUCUACACCAGCGUGCGAGAACAAAUCGGACCUUGAGAAGAAACCCACUCCACAAGAUGUUCAAAAUAUGAUCUCGCUAGAUUAUUGGGAAAACUACGAGUUGGACGAUAUAAAUCAAAAUGGGUUUUGUCUUAUUGCUUCCCAGCAGUUUCCAAUGCCUGCUAUUUGUUUCCUCUGCGGGAGCGCAGGUCGUGAAGCUAUGUUACACUGUUCACUUUGUUGUGAACCAUAUCAUCCAUAUUGUCUAGAGAGAAGUCCUCCACUUGUUAAUAGCAACAAUAGUAGACAGUACUUGUGGCUGUGCCCUAAAUGCACGACGUGCAAUGGGUGUAAUCAAGUAGGCAGACAAAAACUGAACUGUCAAAAGUGUUCCAAAGUGUAUCACUCUGAAUGUUUCAAAACAGAGUGGACCGGAAAAGAUAGACCAAUUAUAUGUUCCAAAUGCGUAAGUUGCAAAGACUGUGGAGACAGCACGACAAAAUUUUUCGGAAACUUGCCUCUCUGUAUUUCGUGUUUUAAGCAACGGAAAAAGGGGAACUCGUGUCCGAUGUGUCUGGUACCCUUCAAAGAAGUACCCUGUGACGAAAAGGUGAUGGAGUGUACAAGGUGUAAAAAAUGGGUUCAUGCCGAUUGUGAAAAUCUGUCAGAAGAGUAUUAUCAUAUAUUAAGUUAUCUUCCCGAGUCCGUCAAGUACUUGUGUUGUGUGUGUUCCAAACAGUCGCCUUCGUACUGGUGCAAAGCAGUAGAGUUCGAACUGAAGUAUAGUUUUAAUCAUGUUUUAAGGUUACUGAGUAAGAACAAAACAGCGAAAAGUAUGUUAAAAUUAAGUUUUUUAAAUAAUUAUAUUUCAUUGAAUAGAGCCGGUGAUAAGAAAGAGAGCGAUUGUGAGAAUAGCAAUGACAAUCACGAGACAUAUUUUGACAAUAGCGAGAAACUGAACGACAGUGCAGCCGAUUUUAAAAGCCACCCUCGAACCCUAACUGUGUUAGAUAUUAAACGCAAAUCGAAUUCGAACGAAUACUCUUCCGUGAGCGAUUUCAACAAAGAGAUGGAAGAAGCGUUGGCUCACACACAAUCCGACGAGUUAUUAAACAUCUACAAAUCGAUCUUCAAGUCGGUGUUCCCUUGGUUUAAGCCAUCACUGGCCCCCGACGACGUAACGAAAAGCAAUUCCAAACGGUUUUUAACUAGUAUUAGCGAAGACAUUUACGACCAAAUCGAAUGCGUAUCUAUAGAUUCACGAUAUUGCUCAUUUUGCAAAAGCAUAGGUGAUGGCUUAAGCCACCUCGAAUCUCGCUUGCUCUACUGUGGCCAAAACGAAUGGGUGCACAUUAACUGCGCCGUGUGGUCAUCGGAAGUGUACGAAGAAAUCGACGGAUCGUUGCAGAACGUCCACGGGGCUUUGACGCGCGCUCGCCUCAUGCGGUGCUCCUACUGUAAACAAAAAGGGGCAACUGUGGGUUGUUGUUUCAAGAACUGUUGCGAAAUUUACCAUUUUUUAUGCGCGCGUACGGCGAAGUGCCACUUCAUGCACGACAAAACUGUGUACUGUUGCAGUCACGAGCUGCCGAAAACGAGUAGCGUCAUAGUUACUCCCACUGAUUUCAAUAUUAGGAGAAGCGUGUUCGUGGAACUCGCCGAUUAUAAAAAGGGGCAGUUUUCUCACAUCGAGAAAGUUAACGUGAUGGUGGGAUCGCUCUGUGUUACGAAUCUCGGGAAGAUCAAUCCUGUGAUGUCAGAUACGUCGGAGGCGAUCAUUCCUACAGGGUACAGUUGCUCGAGGUUGUUUUGGUCGACGGUGGAACCGUGGAAGUUGGUUUCUUAUAAAAUAACCACGUCCAUUUUAAACGCUCACGUGAACAAUUUACACAUUGAUAAGAGUUUUACGGUUGACCAUUCGCUACCGAAGUCGGUUGUUGAACGCAAACUCAAAGAUAUUUUAUUGUGGCAUAAAGAUAUCGACAAGAAGAAGCUAGACGUGAUGGAGUUCGACGAUGAGGAGGAGCCACAAAACGGUGCCGAUUUGUUGUCCCCGGAAAUAACCGAUGCGAUUUUCGAGGAACUUCCGCACGAACUUUUAGAUGGAAUCUCCGUUCAGGAUAUUUUCCCUAAGUUGAUGUCGUACGAAGAUUUUAUCAGUAUGGACUCGAAAUCGGAAACGAAUCACUCCGAUGGGGUCACCGACGUGAAAAAGUCGGACGAGUUUGACAACGUCGACGAAUUCGACGGGAAAAACAAAAAUCAGCAACGGUCGUGUAAUUUAACGCUGAGUUGUAAACUCGACAACAGUUUCUCGCCUGUGAUUAAAAAACGGAAAAUUGCUCCAAGAGAAAAUAAUUUAUUUUUUCAGUUGUUACAAGUGGAUGGUAAUUUUGAUGAUAGUUCGAGUGACUGUGGGUCUCCAGUGGGUACUACGCACACAGUGUGGGAUUCAGAUUUGUCUGAAGAGCCAGUCACGUGUGAGAGGUGUCAAUGUACUUACAGAACGCAGGCUAGUUACAAAAGACAUUUAGACGCUUGCGAAAUUAUCUGUAGUAGUGAGAGUGAUUCGGAACUAAACCAGGAUCAAGAUAACGGGAAUAGUAAUCUCGAAACGCCUCAGAUACAUAUACCGGACACUGCUCCCGUUUCCGUAGCCACUGAUACUCAACCACUCGUCAUAGCAUCGUACGAAUCGUACCAAAACGAGGUCCACACUUCGGUUUUAAAUACUCAAACUUUCGUCGCUUCUAAAGCAACUUCCGAAGUGAUGUCGGUCCCUCAAAACUCGGAAAUAAUCAUCCAGAAACCGAUUAUUCAACCGGAAAUAUCUUGUAGCGUAACCGAACCAAUAACCGAACCGAUCAUCAGCAACGAGGUGUUCACACCGUCUCAACCGUCCGUUCCUGUCAAUGAACAACAACAAUUUUGCAUCAACCCGGUUUCGUUAUGCGUAAAUCCACCACUCACAAUACAACCGACGCAACCAGUUAUCAAUAAUAACCCGAUUAUAAAUCAGAUUGCCAUAAGUCAGCCACAACUGGAAUUCCAACCACCAUCCGUCACAAUUCAAUCACUGCCGUACUCCACGAACAUAGCUCCUAUUAUAAACGUGCCUCCGCUGAACAACCCAAAUAUACUUAACUCGGUGAUCAACGUUCCUGGAAAUCGGUGGGUGAAGCCGGUGGAGCAGAUUCAAAGCCCGAAAACUUUCAAAGGAAGAGGACGAUCUAUUGCUGCGAAGCGUGCUCAAGGUGAAGAGGAAGCAAGUUCUACGCCUGUGAUUCUACAACAUUUGCCGUCUGCGGGUUUCAUUCCCACGUUCGUAGACGCGUUUCAACAACAAUCUGGGCAAAAUGUACAGUAUGUUACGACGAUAGCGCCACAGACGAUACCUUCGCAACCACUAGUGCAGUUUCAAGCCGACAGUAACUUGAUUAGUCUUCUGCCCGGUAUUCAACCAACCAUGAUCAUACAACAACCACGGGUUUUGGAAAACCAGCUGAUAGUAGAUGGUAAUGGUUCGUUGAGUUGGUCGCCACAACAAGUACAACCAGUGUACUACGGUUUUGAAACUAUAGUCCAAAACACGGUCAUGCAAUCUCAACAGUUCCUUCCUUCCACGGUUCCAGGGGUGUUAACUGCUAAUAGUAGUUAUUCAACAACGACGCAAGUGUUUCAAACUAGUAAACUAGAACCAGUAUUAGAUGUAGCAGCGAAUAGUUUCGUCUUAGUUAAUACAGGACAGUUGGUUAAUUCGCAGUUAGAAGUACCACAAAAUACGCUCCAGAUACAACCACAAGAGGUUAAUUCGUGCAAAUACUCACAACCGUCGUUCCACAAGUUGAACCAAACGGUUGCUCUCAACAAUUCGAACAGUAUUACUUUACCAACAGCCCCGUUUGUUCCGGAACAAGGAAUACCAACCAACAUUGUUACCCCUACGCCGAAACCUUUACCGACCAUGCAGAGUCGGCCGAUGAGCCGGGUACUACCGAUGCAAACUCUCAAAGAAACUAAAGAAACGAAAAUCAAACUGGUGGAAAAAAUAGAAGCCAUCAGAAAAGAAAUAAAAAUUAACAAAAUAGUCGAACCCGUGGUGGAAUACGACAAAAAAAUAAUCCCGGAGAGCGUCAAAAAACCCCUACCGGUACCCCUCGAGAACGACCCGAACAUCAAAAAGGACCAGAAUCUAAAACUACUAUUUCCAAAACCAACAGAAACCAGUUGUUUUAAAGCGGCCGAAGAACUCCCAAUCCCGAAUAUCACCACCCCUAAAAUAACCAACUUCAACAAACCGACGGAAGCCGUUUACAAAAUCAACAACAACUUCAGCAGCCGCAACUCUCCAGUACAAAUAGCACCGUUGAAACCCAUCAAGUCCACUUUCAACCCGCCCAAAUCUGUACACAUCUUGUCCCUCAGCGAUAAGCAAAACCGCCAGCAGGACAAACUAGAUAAAAAAGUUAGUUUAGAAGCACCAAAGCACUUUCCCAUUCAAGAGAAAAAAGAAAACGAGAACGUACCCUCCAUUUUGUAUACAAUCGAAACGCAAGAUGGUUUCAAAUACUCGUCGACUUCCAUCGCGGAUUUGUGGACCAAGGUUUUCGAAGCCGUGCAGAAUGCCAGAGCUGCCCAUAACAUGCCCCUGCUGCCUACGGAUUCCACGAAUAUCGUCAACAGUUUGCAAAUUCUGGGGUUGAAAACUUCGGGUUUGAAGUACUUGAUCGAGCAGUUACCGGGGGCGAGUAAAUGCACGAAGUACAGGCCGACUUUCAAUUUUCCGUCGAAAUAUAUAGAAAUCGAAGAGGAUCUGGUGGGGCACUCGAGUGGGUGUGCCCGCUGUGCCCCGCACGUGAAAAGAAAUGAACCUUACGACAUGUUUGGAUGGUUAGCUUCCAAACAUCGCAAACCUGAACAUAGCUUGUUUUGUUCGGAUUUGGUGCCCAGAAGGGGCUCUGUAAAUAAUUUGCCUAUGGCAAUGCGAUUCCGGCAACUGAAACUUACUAGUAAAUAUUCAGUAGGUGUAUAUCGUUCAAAGAUACACAGAAGGGGGUUAUUCUGUUUGAGAGAUUUUGAAGCUGGAGAAAUGGUUAUAGAAUACUCAGGUGAAGUUAUUAGAUCUGUUUUGACUGAUAAAAGAGAAAAGUUUUACAAUUCGAAAGGAAUAGGUUGUUACAUGUUCCGAAUUGAUGACAAUUUAGUAGUUGAUGCGACCAUGACGGGUAACGCAGCGAGAUUCAUCAACCAUUCGUGUGAUCCAAAUUGUUAUUCAAAAGUCGUCGAAAUUUUGGGUCAUAAGCACAUUAUCAUUUUUGCCUUGAGAAGAAUAAUCUGUGGAGAAGAAUUAACUUACGAUUACAAGUUUCCUAUUGAAGAAGAUAAGAUCCCGUGUACUUGCGGAACGAGGCGUUGUCGCAAAUUUCUCAACUGAUAUUUAAUUUGACUAGUUCUAUUCUGGUUUAGCUAUAAUGAUAUUUUCAAUUUGUCAGUAUUUUUGUUUUAUUGGGUGAGCGUAUUGUUCAGUGCUCAAAUUCUCUCAUGAUAAAUACGAACUGGAACAAAUGAUGACCUCUUCUUACUUUUUUUUUUAUACUUUUUAUUGUGUAUGUAUCUGUACAUUGUUUUGUAAUUAUUCUUGUAUAUAUUAAGAUUUUAUGUGUAAUUUACUUCCACGGUAGCACCUAUAUUUGCCAUUUAUAAAGUUAUUACAUUCUUCGAAUUUUGUAUCGUCAGUAUUUGAAAUUUAUGUAUAUAUUUGGCUGUGAGAUAUUAUGCAUUUGUGCCAUUGGCUGCAUAGGUGCUAUAUAGUUAUAAAUUUUGAUAAAAAGUGAAUAUGUGAUAUGUUUCAUAGUCCAGUGUAAUUAUCUAGUUAUACACGUCAGAGCGAAAAUUUCUUUAAUUUUGAGUAAUGAUUACUAUUGUACCACAUUUUCAGUGCGAAUGUGAAACUACUAAUUAGAAUUUCUUACGUACAAAUACAGAUCUUAUUAUUGUA